AUGACUUUCAGGAUGACUUCGUUGUAUGCCAAAAAGAUGACAAUGCUUGCUGGACGAAUAUUCAGGGAUGUUGGUAAACAAGUCGAUAGCUUGUUUAGGAAUGAGCACGCAGAUUUUCGUGAAGAAAUGGCACGUCUACGUCAAUUACGUGGCAAAGGGAAACGGAAGAAGGGCGAAAGUAAACGAGGGCUAGCACAACAAUGA